AGAAUACCUCGCUACAGUCACCCGAUCCCUUCCUCUGCAUUCUGCACCCACCCUACGAAACGCUCUCCGUCUUCCUGCCUUCCUGGGCCCGUUUACUGAUGUUUCAAUGUUGAUGGGGAAAAUCAACUGCGAAAGAAAUGUAUAAUUUUUACCACACGGGUUUUGAGCUUGUUGGGAAUACCUUUCAUAACUUUUUGGGCAGCUUACGCGCAUCUCGACUAAUACUAGGACGUAUCCCACCGUCCACUAGCCCCAAUAAAAGAUGGAGCAAAGCUUCGUAUGGACCUACCACAUAAGAGCUGAUAGGUCAGAGGUUUUCGAAUCUGAGAGCUUAGGAGGGAGCGAACCCUAAAUCUUGACCGCCAAGCCAACCCUUUGGGUUGAAUACCCUGUAUUGUUUUUUCCGAGCUUUCAGCAUGUCUGGUGAAGAGGAAGAAAAUGCUGCUGAACUGAAAAUUGGAGAUGAAUUCUUGAAGGCCAAGUGCUUAAUGAAUUGCGAAGUUGCCAUAAUUCUUGAGCAUAAGUACGAGCAGCUUCAGCAGAUGGCUGAUGAUCCAAUGAACCAAGUUUCUCAAGUAUUUGAAAAGUCACUGCAGUACGUGAAGCGCUUUAGCCGCUACAAGAAUCCAGAUGCUGUCAGACAAGCUCGAGAAAUCCUUAGUAGAUACCAGUUGGCUGAAUUUGAGCUCUGUGUCCUUGGAAAUCUUUGCCCUGAAACUGUGGAGGAAGCUAUUGCUAUGGUUCCAUCGAUGAAGAGUAGAGGACGCGCGCUUGAUGAGGAGGCGAUUGAGAAGGUGUUGAAUGACCUUUCCAUGAUAAAGAAGUUCGAUUAAUGCCAUUUUUUGCUUCGCAUGGACCUAUAUUACGCGCAAAAAAUUGCUGUCCUAAAAUUGCUACUAUUAACGCUAUGGCAACUUCUUUCGAAGCAGCAUGUUGGAAACAAUGCCCGAUUGAUGUACUUGAAUUGAAAGCAAGCACAUGGUUAGAUUAUGAAUUUCAUUUUGGGUAAAAGCCUUGUCCAUGUGUGUAUUUAUAAAGCAUUACUGGGAAAAAAAAAAUGGCGAUUUGAUCAUUUUUCGUUUUGCA